AUGGAGAAAAGAACUCCUGCCGACAUUACAAUACAGGCGAAAGUUUACAACAGACGUUCCAAAUCUCCAAGUGGGAGAUCUGGUCCUCCUCCGAUGCAAAGAAUCGCCGAGAAACGAUUGGCCGCUAGCUCGCGUCUCGAAGACUCUAAGCAGCGCGGAUGA